CUCCAUACCAAAUACGCGAUUGUCAUGCUGCGCUUACUUAUUUGUUAAUGUCCAUAUCGUAACACAACGAGCACUGGCAGGUUAUCCUGCUGCCACAAAAAAGUCCCUGCAGCUCUUCCAAUCUCCUCCAUCGGCUACAAUCUCUUGCCUCAAGCAUGCCAGCCUUGUAUGAGUUAUAGAUGUAGGUGACUGGGCUACUGUAAAAUCACUUAAGAUAGUCCAGUUUUGCUGUGGACGUGUAGCUAAGCUUAUAGGAAUCUUCUAACUCUUUCUGUGUACGUGCUGUGAGUUUAUUGAUUCUUGUUGGUCUGCACACCGCUAGUCAUCGUGUUGGACAAAUCACGCAAUAGUCCUUUUUGAGUAGUUUCAGUGCCCACCUUCCUCCGAGUAUUACGCUCCCUUCAAGCAACCAUGUGUAGAUUCUUGGUUUACAAAGGCCGCUCAGAUAUUCUCCUAUCAAAUCUAAUCCUGUCACCCUCGCACAGUAUCCUAACACAGUCGUACGACUCACGUCUGCGGCUGGAUACAAGACGUCCGCACAACGGUGAUGGUUUUGGUGUAGGAUACUACACGCCUCCAGAGCUGGGCCCGGAGCCAGCCAUAUUCACAUCAACGAUUCCGGCAUGGAACUGCAUCAACCUAGAGCGAUUAGCCAGCAAGACGCAGUCAAAGUUGGUGUUUGCUCACGUGCGAGCUACGACUGAAGGCAAUCUCAGCGAGCAGAAUUGCCAUCCCUUCUCCUGCGGCAGUAUCAUGUUCAUGCAUAACGGUGGCAUUGGGGGCUGGAAAUACAUCAAGCGAAAGGUCGGGCAAAGCCUGCGAGACGAAUGGUAUAUGCUUGUACAAGGCGGCACGGAUAGCGAGUGGAUCUUCGUGCUAUUCCUCGAUACCCUCGAGUCCAUGGGAUAUCACCCGAUUCGCGACGCCGGGCCGCACGGCUUUGGUCAUGCCGUCUUGCGCAAGGCGUUGCUGAAGACCAUUGCUCGAAUUAACGAGUUCACGCGCGAUGGCGUGCCUGAAGAUGAAGCUAGAAGCUUGAUGAAUUUUGCCGUUACAGACGGUCACAGCGUAGUGUGCACGAGGUACGUGAGCUCGAAGACAGACGAGGCAGCAAGCCUCUUCUUUUCGAGCGGAACGGACUGGACUGAGUUCGUUGACGUCGACGGAAACAAAGACUGGAAGAUGGAGAGGAAGGACAAAGGUGCAGAUAUUGUGCUAGUUGCCUCAGAACCUUUGACUUUUGAUCGAGAUAACUGGGUCACUGUUCCAACAAACUCAGUCGUUACAAUACACAAGCAAACUGUCAUGAUUCAUCCGAUCAUCGAUGAAUUCUGGAACCCAAACCCGAGCCACGAGCGAAGCACACAGUUUGCUCAGACUAAAGGCCAGACGACUACGAACGAGAAGAAAGAGGUUGUUGUGCCGGGUAAUGGUAGCAUUGUCACUGGAGGUGUAGGUCCUGAUCCGGGGGCCCUUAGGCAGAGGGUGGAGGCGUUGAGUGUGAGGUAAAGUCUACAAAGACUUAUCACGGCAAUGGAGGCGUAAACCAUGAGACAUGUUUCAGAUACUCACUGUUGGGCUUUUCGCAGAUCCCCACACAUAAUUGGCCCCUUGCACCCUAAUGAAAUAUCUUAAUAGGACGUCAUGACAUUUUGUAUUCGGCAGCUCGCGUAUUUAAUGUUAAGUUUCUCCAUUUUGCCUUCCUGCAAUGGACGGGUUGCUGAGAGUUCCACAAUAUAUAUGUAUAUAUAUAGAAAAGCAAACACGAGGGAAGACCAAGAC